CACCAAAAAAAAAAAAAAUUCGCUCACCCUUGACCACCUUCACCUUCACCACACCCACCACCACCACCACCUUCUUCAUAACUCCUACCAUCUCAGCGUCAUCGUCGUUCCACGAUCCCCAACCUGUCUAAUGACCUCGAUCCCUCAGAAGCCCGGUGCCCACCCCGCAGGUCAGUCCUCCGCCUCGCCCUCAGCAAGUGGCAAGUCGACCCCCCUGGCUCCGGCGACUACUACCACCACUGCGAGAUCGUACGCCUCUGCGACGAAGAAGGAUGGCCCCGCUGCGUCGCCCGUGAGUAUGCAGCAGCAGCAGCAGCAGCAGCAGCAGCAACAACUACAACAACAACAACACGUCACCAUCGUCAACGGUGCUCCCGCCGCCGCUGACCACUCCCGCAAGCCCUCCGUCACCAUCACCUCCGCGGGCGCCUCGGGCGUGAUCCCUAACGGCCAACCUUCCGCUGCCAGUCGCCCUAGCAAUCUGCAGUUUGGCUUUGCCAACCCUCAGAGUUCGCCCAAUAUGGGGUCUCCUGCCGUCCUGGCCCAACAGCCGGGUGGUCUCACCGUCUCUUCUCCCAACCCGCGCGUCGUCUCUCCCCAGACCUCGCCUUCGCCCAUUCCCCAGCCUGCCUCCAGCGGCGGCCGGCCGCCUCCAUCUUCUUACCAGGGGAAUGCUCCUAAUUUUGGCAGCUUUGGUGACGAGAUGCGUGCCCCCCAGAGUCACCUCCGUCGUGAAUCCGCUCAAUCCACUCACAGCGAUGUGGGCAGUCAGAUGGGUGGUCGACCCGGUUACCCCCAUCAGGGCGGUCGUGGUCGUGGAUACUCGCAGUCGGGUUAUCAGGGUCAGAUGCCCUACGGCUCUCCCGGUCCGACUUUUCGUCAGACUCCCAACCAGCCUCGAGGCGCUCCCCCGAUGGGCCCUCAGUUCCAUAACCAGGGUCGUCCCCUGGCACCUCCCUUCCCCAACUCGCCGCAUCAGGCCAACCGCAGUCCCGCCCUGGCCAACGCUCACCCUGUCACCCCGAACAUGAACCCCGUCGUCCCCAUGGCCCACGCCCAGAUGCCCUAUGGUUCCUACGGACAACACAUGGGCCCCCAGACUACAUACCCCCAUGCCGCCGCCGCCUAUGACCACACCUACGGUUACUAUAACCCGGCCGCCUACGGUAUGCCCCAGGCUCCCUACAUGGCCCCGCCCUCUCCCCAGCCGCGCCCGGGAAUGCCCUACAACCAGCAAGGUCCCUACCUCCAGAACCAGUACCCCGUUCAGCCGCCGCCACAGGCCGCCCCGCUGUCCCGCUCGCCCUCCCAGCUCUCUACCGACCGUCCGGGCUCGAGUCUGGGUGGCCAGGGUCCUGCCGGUGCCGCUGCCGUUGCGGGCGCCCCCAACCCGGCCGUCGCAGUCGCGGCGGGAGGUCACGCCCACAGCGCCAGCCGCGGGGCCAACAGCCCGGCUCCCCCCAAGACGCACUUUGUCAUUCCCUCGGCCAAGAAGAGCGUGCUCGUGAUCAAGGAUCCCAGCGGGGCCGUCAAGACCUUUGACAAGACCCCGGCCUCGCCCGCCCGCGCCACCCCGUCCCCCGUCAAGAUCACGACUCCGUCCGCCACGCCUCCACCCUCCCGCUCCGCUGACCAUGCUCGCUCCGAUAGCAAGGUCACCAAGACGGACGAGGAGAAGAAGAAGGAGCUGCGCGACGCCGUCUUGCUGAAGAUCUCGCAGGAUGAGGCUGAGCAGCGCCGCAAGGCCGAGGAGGAGGAGAACAAGAAAAAGAAACAGGAGCAGGAACAGCGUGAGGCCGCCGAGAAGGAAGCCGCCGAGCAGGAAGCCGCCGCUCGCAAGAAGCAAGAGGAAGAAGAGGCCGCUGCUCGUAAACAAAAGGAGGAGGAGGAGGCUGCUGCUGCUGCUGCUGCUGCUAAGAAGGCCGAGGAGGAAGAAAAGGCCGAGGCCGCUCGCAAGGCAAUGGAAGAGCUCAGUCUGAAGCAAAAGGCUGAAGAAGAAGAAAAGGCCAAGGCUGAUGCUGAUGCUGAUGCGGCUGCAGCGGCCGCCGCCGCCGCUGAAGCUGAAGCCGCCAAGGCAAAGGAGGCCCCUGCUGCCGACGAUGAGAUCGACUUUGAUGCCAUCGAGCGCGAAAUGGCCGAGUUGGAGGCCAAGGAGGCCGCCGCCGAGGCCGAGUACUACGCCCGCAAGAAGGCCCAGAAGGAGGAUCAGGAGCGCAAGGAGCGUGAGGAGCGUGAGGCCUGGGAAAAUAACAUGAAACAGGCCGAACGCGAGGCCGAGGCCCUGGAGGAGGCGAAGAUGAAGGGUAGCGCGACGACCGGCGAUGAUGACGCCAGCCGCAAGGAGCGCGAGGAACUCUUUGCCUCGCUCAAGAAGGGUGGACUGGGUGGUGUGGGCACGCCUGCGACGGACAGCCCGGCCGACAGCGGCGUGGCCACCCCGGCCUCGGACAUGUCGUCGUCGAUGCUCAUGGGCCCUCCGGCCAAGCCGGUCAGCGCCCUCAAGCGCGACAAGCCCGCCGCCCUCAAGCUCGAGACCAACAAGGCGGUCGAGCCGCCGCAGCCCAGCGCGGCGAUGAAGGCCCUGCAGUCGGCGCGCUUCCUCGACGACCUCAGCAGCAUCGCCUACCCGCCCUCGGUCGUCUCGCCCAACCCGGCCCUCAACGCCAACGCGCCCGCCGACCGCCGCUUCCACUACAACAAGGAGUUCCUGCUGCAGUUCCAGGCCGUCUUCAAGGAGAAGCCCUCGAUCGACUGGGACGCCCGCGUGCGCGAGACCGUCGGCGACAGCGACUCCUCCCGCCCGCAGUCCGCCCGCACCCCGAUGCUGGGUCCCCGCCACUCCUCGCGGCCGGGUGCCUCCCAGAGCUUCGGCGGGCCCAUGGGUGGCUUCACCCAACCCCCGCGUCCCAUGGCCAUGCCCAACCAGGGUAUCCGCCAACCCUCCAUGGGUGGUGGCAGUCCCUUUGGCUCCUUUGGGGGCCGCCCGGGCGGCCUGCCCAUGGGUCCUGGUAGUGGUCUAGCCGGUGGCAGCCGGAGCUCCUCCACUCGGGGAGGCCAGCGCGAUCCCUCUCGCGCAUCCCGCGGCGGCGGUGGCGGCAAGAAACCCUCCAAGAAGGAGGGCAUCGCCGGCGACAAGGACAUGCCCCUGACGGCCAACAUGAAGAUCGAGGCCCUCCAGAUCUCGACCACGGGCUGGAAGGCUCGCAGUCUGGCACAGGCUCCCGGCCCGGUCCCCGGAGGCGAGGGUCACCUGGCGCCCGACGUGGUGCAGCGCAAGGUGAAGGCCGCGCUGAACAAGAUGACCCCGGAGAACUUUGACCGCAUCUCGGGCCAGAUCCUGGAGAUUGUGUCGCAGUCCAAGGACGAGUCCGACGGGCGCACGCUGCGCCAGGUCAUCCAGCUGACCUUUGAAAAGGCCACCGACGAGGCCCACUGGGCCCCCAUGUACGCCAAGUUCUGCAAGUGUAUGCUGGAGAGCAUGAGCCCCGAGAUCAAGGACGAGAACAUCCGCGACAAGAACGGCAACGUGGUCGCCGGCGGCAGCCUCUUCCGCAAGUACCUGCUCAACCGCUGCCAGGAGGAGUUUGAGCGCGGCUGGAAGAUCAACCUGCCGCCCAAGCCCGAGGGCGUCACCGAGGAGAUCGCCAUGAUGUCCGACGAGUACUACACCGCCGCCGCCGCCAAGCGUCGCGGGCUGGGUCUCGUCAAGUUCAUCGGUGAACUGUACAAGCUGGGCAUGCUGACGGAGCGCAUCAUGCACGAGUGUGUCAAGAAGCUGGUCGACUACGAGGGCACGCCCGACGAGGCCGAGGUCGAGUCUCUGACCUCGCUGCUGCGCACCAUCGGUGGCAGCCUCGACGCCUCCGAGCGCGGCCACACCUUCAUGGACGCCUACUUCAGCCGCAUCAACAUGAUGGUCGACAUCCCCGACCUGCCCAGCCGUCUGCGCUUCAUGCUCAUGGACAUCAUCGACCUGCGCAACGCCCGCUGGAAGUCCAAGGACGCCGACAAGGGUCCCAAGACGAUCAACGAGAUCCGUGAGGAGGCCGCCCGCGCCGCGCAAGAGGCCGAGAUGGAACGUAUCCGUCAACAGGCCAGCCGUGGCGGCGGCGGCGGUGGUGGUCGCCCGCCCAUGGGCCGCGGCGACGCCCGCUCCUUCUCCUCCGGCGGGUUCGGUGGUCAGGGUGCCCCCCCGCAAGACUUUGCUUCCAGCAAGGUCGGCACCGACGAUCUGCGCCGUCUGCGCGCCACCCCGCGCAACACCAACCAGCUGCCCUCCUUUGGGCCCUCGAGCAUGCUCGGCUCACGUAGCAGCAGCGGCCGCAAGAACUUCGGGCCCGGCGGCAACCUCGUCCGCGGCAGUGACGACAGCGCCGCCUCCAGUCGCAACGGCGCCUCCACCCCCAAGAAGGAUGACAAGGAGGCCGCCUCUUCCAUCAAUGCUUUCAGUGCUCUCGCCGCCUUGGAUGACAACAUGGCUACCUCUCCUCCCUCCAACCCGACCUCCCCCAUGCUCACCAAGUCGCAACCGGCCGACCGCCGCCCCUCGAAAGACAUGCACGAGUAGAUCAUUUCAAAUCCCCCCCCUGCUUUGCUUCUGCCUGACUGGGCCCCCACCCAGUGUCGGACGUAUAGUGUAUCAUUUCUCAUCCCGACUUGAAAGCACGAAACGAAAGCAUUUGAAGGAAAAGAAAAAGAAGAAAUGAACAAAAAAGAAAGAAACCCAACCAGAAACAAAAAUGAGACCAAGUUGGUUUGCUGGAACCCUUGCUUUUGCAUUUUCCUUUUCCUUUUUCUUUUCAAUACCCGAGAGCCACGUUUUCCU